AUGGUGCUCACUGCGUAUGGAGUGGGCGCAGGGAUGGGCGCAGGGAUGGGCGCAGGGAUGGGCGCAGGGAUGGGCGCAGGGAUGGGCGCAGGGAUGGGCGCAGGGAUGGGCGCAGGGAUGGGCGCAGAGAUGGGCGCAGGGAUGGGCGCAAGUAUGGGUGCAGGGAUGGGCGCAGGGAUGGGCGCAGGGAUGGGCGCAGGGAUGGGCGCAGGGAUGGGCGCAGGGAUGGGCGCAGGUAUGGGCGCAGGCGUGGGCGCAAGGGGGAGCCGACCGGUGGUGCACUGUGCAGGGCCCUUCCAGCGAGAACCGCACUGCACCGUUUUGGAAGCCGCCAUCCGCACCAAGUCGCCCUACGUGGACGUGUGUGGCGACGUGGCGAUCGCUGGCAACGCACGCUCGCUGCACGGGGCUGCGGUGGCGGCAGGUGUGCCCGCCAGCACCACCGCCGGCAUCUACCCGGGCGCCAGCAAGCAACUGUUCGUGCGCUCAGGGGAGAGGGGUGGGGAAAAGAUGGGCGCCAGAUGGAACGUUGGAGGAUACAUGGCGUGGGAGAGUAGCGAUGACAUGGGGUGUUGUGGGGACAUGGACCAUGGGUUGUGUGCUUGA